GGAGGUCUUAUUGUGGAGAUCAAGACAGUUUUGAGCACUACCUAUAUUGCGAAGAUGAUGAAAGGAUUUAUAUUAUUUCCGGACACUAUGGCUUCAGAGUGAUUGGGUGUCACAGCUCUUGUUAUAAUAGACCUAAAUAUUGCGAUUGUCUUCUUGACUUUAGUCCUACAGUCAAAUCAAAUCUUAUGAAUUUAUGUAAUGGGACGGAGAAAUGCAACUUUCAAACACCAAAGCCACAUAUUCAAGUUUGCCACUUUUUGGGAGUAUCAUAUAAUGUAAUGUUUGACCGUUAUACAUACUUCUACAUACAGUAUGCAUGUUUGACAGCCACAACUGCAUUGCCAACCAGAAGAACUACAACUACAAUAGAACAAAUCACUACAACUGAAAUAAAUAACGCUAAUGCUAUUAAUUAUAACCAAGAUACACCAGAUACAGCUGUUAUUGCUGGAAGCGUCGUGGGAUGUAUUCUGCUGGUCAUAUUUGUAAUCAUGGUUGUUGUUUUCAUAUUAAAACGAAAAACAAUUGGGUCUUUUAAUGACAGUCGGUUCAAAGGCAACUCAAGAGUCUCUAAUCCAGUAUACGAAGAACCUAGCGAUAGUUACAAUAAUGUUGUUUUCAAGAACGAUAAUUCUCCAUCUGUAAACGUGAUUAAAUUAGCGGACGAUAAUUACAAUCAUUUACAUGAUGCCAAGAACGAUAACUCAAUGACAACUGGUAACACGUACAACUAUCUGGGGCAAAUGGGUAGUGAUUACAACCAUCUACAUGAUAAUAACAACAGACUACGUGUCGAUGAUCAGUCAAGUGGAGCCUAUAAUCAUCUUGGUAUGGUGAAUAAUAAGACACACAAUCCAGAAGAACUUCACAAUGCCAACUACAACCAUAUUGGUGGGUCGAAGGUUGACAAACCUGACGUUGACUAUAACCAUCUUCAUGGUGACAAGAACGAUAUUCUAAAAGCUGAUUAUAACCACUUGGGCGAAAACAAGAAGACAGAAAUUCCAAAUGACUACAACCAUAUAGGGGACAUGACCAACGAGACGACUGGUGAUGUCCAGGGAGAACAUACACAGGAGGAUGUUCAGUACGAGAUAGCUGACGAUGAAAGGGGAGACUACUCCAAUAUUUCUGAACGACAAUCUAACUACGAAAAUUUUCCCAUUUCGGGUCAUCAAACUUGUGGGUAAUUUAAGUACUGAUGUUCGUUCAAUUACUAACAAACAUUAUAGUAUUUAUCAUUCUAUAUUAUUUUAGGGAAGCAAAAUAUUUACCAAAUUAUAUUUAUAGUUUGUUCAUUGUACGGCAUGUGUGUAGGCCUACAAGUGAAAGCCUCUGUCGCAUUGAGAACCACAACAGGUGGUAAAUGAAAUUAAAAUUUAAGAUGCUUUAUUAUUUUAAUAUAGUAUAUAAUUUGUUUUUCAGAUAAUCGAUGACAUGGAUUUGUGUUUAAGUUACAAUUUGUUUAUUUUAUAUGUUCAUUUCAUUUUGAUUAUUGAUAACAUUCUUUAUUUUGUAUUUUAAAAUAUUCAAAUUAUAGUUUGUACAUUUCAUAUUUAUAUGUCGAUAUAAUGUAAAAUAUAAAAUGCUAUAUUAUUAUUCCGUCUUCGUUGGCCCAGUAGGGGUUGAAUAGUAGGACGCUACACCCCUUUUCAUUUAUAUUAUAUUAAGAUAUUGCAGUUAUAGUUUGUUGAUAUGGUCAUAAAUGAAAAUUAACUAGUUUAGUUGAACAUCAAUAUUGCUAGAUAUAUUGAAAGUAAAAUAUAAAAUGUUUUAUUAUAUCUAACGUAUUACUAUUUUUUUAAUUUUAUAAAUUACUUGAUAUAUUAGCUGUUCAUUUUUAUGAAAGUGAUAGUGACAAGCUACCAGUUAUAUUUUGUUAAUUUGUAUAUGGCGAUAGUUGAAAGUAAAUGAACUGUCUUUUAAAGGACAAUACAUUGGUGUCAGUCAUUAUCACACAUGUGAUAGAACUGGUUAAACAUGUUCUAAAUAUAAUUUUAACACAGGAAUAAUUGCAACCAAUAUUGUCCUUUAAUGUUAAAAUGUUGCUAUUACAGUUUGUCGAUGCUGUGAGAACUGAAAGUAAAAUAUGAAAUGUUGUAUUACAUUGGCAUGUACAUAUAGUAUUAGUUUGUUCAUUUUAAUACACCUAUAUUUUCUUGUGGUCGCAAUAUGUCGUCGCCCCCCGUCCUUCUGGUCGUCCGUGUGUCCAUAUGUCCAGACGUCCGUUCACAUUGUUUGCAGACAUUCUACAAGUCACGAUUUUUAUAUGCGUUUGAUAAUAAUUACAAUCAAAUUUUUAUAUCCCACGUAUUUGGCACGUGCUGAGCAUUAGUCAUGACCGGAUAAGACAUACAAAUAACUUUUGCACAAAAACAAACGAGCUAAAAUAUAUGUAGUUAAACUACCUGGAAUCCUAAUAAUUUCUAUUUUUCAUUUCACAACCCUUCUAAUACACAGUUUUUGGUCUUUUACAUACUUUAACAGGUCCGUUAAUAGUUAUUGUGUUUGUGGCUUCAUUUUAUAGUAUACUUAACUGUUACGACCUAGAUAUUUGAUUCAUAUUGUUUACAUUGUGCUUAAUAACGCCAGGAUAGUUUUUGUUAAAAGGGUCGCAUGUGAUUGUUAUCUAUAUAUUUUUAUUUUGUAUUACGUUUAAUGUUUCCUAUCACUAACUGACUCACAAACAGGAUAAUACAGGUUAGGUCAUAGUUCAUCCCGAUUUUCCGGCGUGGUUCCCCUUGUCAGUGAUGCAGAUGCAGCACGGAGGGCCUGACAAGGACAGCUGUCUAGUCGUUCGGAUGGGACGAAAAACCGAGGUCCCGUGUACACAUUGGCGUGCACGUAAAAGAUCCCUUUACAGUUGCAAUUCGAUAUAAGAGUAGGCUGUAGUGCCGCUAUCGGGGCAAAAUUUCCCUCAUAGCACACUGUAUGGCGUAUGCCCGUCUUCAUUAGCACAGUUUGGAGCAGAACAGUAGUUCGUUAAAUCCCAUUGCAUUUCAUUUCAUAUCAGGUUAGGUUAUAGGUAGGCUACAAUCGCUAAUGCAUUGAGCAUAAAUGCUUCGGUAUACAGGAAAUUAAAAUCCCCUAGUAAUGUUGUGUGCUAUUUAUGAAAAUGUUUAUACGAAAUCGUUUAACUUUAGAUGCAUUCAAUUAGGAUUAUCUGGUACUACACUUGUAAUCAUAUUGCAGGAGAGUCGAGAGGAGGAGUGUACUAAGCUAUCAGCCCGAAUAUUGUACAUGGUAAAGAUGUCAUCUCUAUUCAAAGCAAAACCGUCACCAUACCAUUAAACUUCUUGCUUAAUUUGGUACCCCUUUACUUGUACUUUUGUGAGGUCCAUAGUCCUACGAAUUAUUCAAGUUUCACCAUCAUAACCUCUUUAAUAGUAGUAAAUUUAUGAAUUUUCCCUCGUAUUAUUCAGUUUUAAAAUACAGAUGUGACGUCAUCCUUUGAUGUUGGCGUACCAUUAUUUGAAAUAAUGUACGGACAACUUGCCAAUCGUACAUUAUCUAUACCAGAUGAAAUAUUGGACUCGAGUGACGUAUUUCAUUGAAAAGCUCGUGCGGGAUAGUGUCUGUAUUUUAAGUUGUUUAAUGGUGUCGAGCUAAAGACAUUGCGUAAUACAUUGAAACAACACUCGGCUAACGCCUUGUGAAGUAUGAAUUCUCGACC